UAUGUAGAUUUAGUGCAAUAAUUUCUUCUAAAAAAUGAGGGCAUUUCCCGGAACUCCAGGGACAUUGACAAGUCUAUUUUUGAGGAUUACACAGUGUGUUUUUGCAUCUGGAUCAAUUGCUUCCAUGGCUACAGAUCCAAGCUUCUCCACCAUCACUGCUUUCUGCUACCUUAUUGCUUCAAUGGGAUUGCAAGUUGUUUGGAGCUUUGCACUCGCUGUAUUAGAUGGAAUCGCCUUGCUGAAAAAGAAGGUCCUCCAUAAUCCGGUUGUAAUCAGUCUUUUCGUAGUCGGAGAUUGGGUGACAGCUAUGUUGUCUUUGGCUGCAGCUUCUUCCUCCGCAGGCAUUGCCACAUUGUACUUCAAUGACUUAGGAAACUGCAGGUUCGAAGAAGAAUGCCGAAAAUAUCAGUUGUCGGUUGCCUUGGCCUUCCUCGGCUGGGUAUCGAUUUCGAUAUCAUCGCUAAUCAUGCCAUGGCUAUUUGUGGCCGGUUAAACCGGUUGUUGUACAGGCUGUCAGUAUUCCUCCACCUUCC